AUGAUACCUUCAGAAAAUGAAGAUUAGUUCUCUCCUAAUUCUCAACAUAAACAACAGUAAAACGACUCUAAUCAAAAGUAAAAAGAUUCCUAUAAAAAAUAUGCAGUUAUUGACUAAUCAAAAAGAGUGUUAUUGUUAAAAAAGAUUUUAUCGAAAGAAUCUACGAUUAAGGAAGCAGCAAAAGAAUUUGGAGUUAAUUUUAGUACAGCUAAAGCAAUUUUGCAGACUUAUAGAAAGGAAGGUCGGAUUGGUAAGAAGAAAACAAGAGAGAGAAACAAAAAAGAGAAAAGUGAGCCGGAAUUCAGUGUCUGCAGUUAAAGAAAAGUAUAAUCCAUGUACGAUCUUGAACGAGAGGUUUAGAUUCCUUAAAGAAGCUUUUCUCCUGAUUUAAAAGCAUCCGACAAACACAUUACAAAGAGUAUCUUAUAAUAGCAAUCCUUAUUGCUGAAUAGAUAGAAAAAUUAGCCAUAACAAAUUAAUAGCAAUGAAGAACAGAAUGCUUAAAUUGCCUUGGCUGCCUGUCAAAGAGAAUUAGAAAAAUAAAAAUUAGUUAAUAUGCAAUUGGCAUUAAUGAUAUAAAAUUAUUAAAUCCAUGGGUUUUAGGCCUAAGCGCCAGAAGUAAAAGAAGAAGAUGAUAAAAUUAACUGAGUUUAUCAUCAAAAUUCUGAAUUAUUGUUAUUCCAAUUAAUAAUUUUUAUUUAUAACACAUAUAUA